AAGUAGGGCGACACUGGCACGCACUGUUAAUAGCAUUAGGGCGAAAAAUUAAGCGACAGUCACAGCUGUCAUCAUUCUACACGACUCACACACUCAUGUAGCAGGACCACUUUCAACUAACACCCAGAAGUAUUUUAGUAUCAAGCCGCUACAAACAAUGGCCUUCAACUUCACCGCUUUCACGUAUAUUGUGGCGCUCAUUGGCGAUGCAUUUCUAAUAUUUUUCGCGAUAUUUCAUGUGAUUGCAUUUGAUGAGCUCAAAACAGAUUAUAAAAAUCCAAUCGAUCAGUGCAAUAGUCUCAACCCGCUGGUUUUGCCGGAAUAUUUGCUGCACUUUUUCUUAAAUUUACUUUUCUUAUUCUGCGGAGAAUGGUAUUCACUUUGCCUCAAUAUACCAUUAAUAGCCUACCAUAUAUGGCGCUACAAGAAUCGUCCAUUGAUGUCGGGUCCUGGUUUAUAUGAUCCCACUACGGUUUUAAAGACGGACACAUUAUCGCGGAAUUUGCGCGAGGGUUGGAUUAAAUUAGCCGUCUACUUGAUCAGCUUCUUCUACUAUAUAUACGGCAUGGUUUAUUCGCUCAUCUCAACAUAAGAGGGUAUAAAAAGGGCAGCUGCCUGGGGAUCUCAUUGUUGUUGGCACUAGAGCAUCUUCUACAUCUACAUCCGCAUAUAUAUCUACACACAUACACACGCGCAUACACAGACAGGCACACACACACACACGCCUAACCAGUCCUACACAACUCCAUUUGGGAGCGAAGAAUGUUUUUAAAUGUAAAAAUUUGCUAGUUUAUUCAUAAUGUCAACCAUAACAAGGAAACGUCUGUGUAGAUUUCUAAUGGUUUUUUUUUAUUAUUUUUUAAAUAUAAUUUACUUAGUUUUGCAUUUGGUAGUUGAAGCCUCAGAAAAAAUAAAUACAGUAAACUAACAGAAA